AUGGCUCCCACGCCUAUGCUCACAUCCUGCGAAAUGGAUGAAACUCAGUUACCACUCACGGCUGCCUCGAAGGCGUUUGCAACCACCGAAUUGCUUGAAGACAUCCUUCUGUACUUACCCAACAAAACACUCUCCAAAUUGAAACAAGUCUCUCGCCACUGGAAAGCCACCAUCGAAGGCUCACAGGCCAUUCGAAAGCAGCUGUUCUUGAAGUCGGGCGACUUCGAUACCUUCAGACUCGGUGGCGUCUUUCAUCCCAGCCUUCUAGUUCCAGGAGGCACGGUGGCAUUGCUGAAUCCGAUGCUUGAGCCGUAUUCCGACGAGUUAGAGCGGCUUCCUCGAGCAAAACGUGGCGCUUGGCAGAGGACAUUAGCCACUCAGCCGGCCACGACAGAGCUCAAGGUCACUAUUUUUAUGGAUCCAAGGUCGAUGUCAUCAACUUCGCUCGUCAGGGCCGUCAAGAACGAUCGAGGCGUGACGAUCAAGGACGUCGCGGAUUGGGUCAGGACGUUCUGCGAGCAUAUGAGUCGUCACCGAAUGGACAUCCACAUGUACUUGAGUGACAGAGCGGGAUUGAUGGGCUGA